AUUUUCUGUUCAAUCCGGAAAAGAAUGAGAUAGGUUAUACACGAGCUUGUUGGCAAUGUUUAAAGCAAUACACUACUCAAAUUAUGCUUAAAGUCUAUAUUUGUCACGUCUGAACGCGUUGUAUAGCCAAUUUCAGGGCAUUUCUGUUUCUGUUUUGUUAUUCAAGUGGACAGGCAGAGGGGAGAUAUUCCAUUGAACGGCAUAGGCCACGAAUUAUUGAAGAACAUGUUGGAAGAAUUCACUGGACCGGAUUGGCUGUCGGAGGAAGUUAAAACUGGGACCACGAUCAUAGCUGUGGAGUUUGACGGAGGAGUGGUGCUAGGCUCUGACUCGCGCGUUUCUGCAGGUGCAUCAGUGGUGAACCGAGUGAUGAAUAAGCUCUCCCUCCUUCAUGAUAAGAUCUACUGUGCCCUGUCUGGAUCUGCCGCUGAUGCCCAGACCAUUGCUGAGAUUGUCAACUACCAGCUGGAUGUGCACAGUGUUGAACUGGGGGAAGACCCUCUUGUUCGCUCUGCUGCUACCCUGGUAAAGAACAUCUCCUACAAGUACAAAGAGGAACUGUCUGCACAUCUCAUUGUUGCGGGGUGGGACAGGAGAGGAGGGGGACAGGUAUUUGUGACACUGAAUGGCCUCUUGUCCAAGCAGCCUUUUGCUGUGGGUGGCUCUGGCAGCUCCUACAUCUAUGGGUUUGUGGACGCUGAGUUUCGGAAGAGUAUGAGCCGCAGAGAGAGUCAGGAGUUUGUUGUGAAUGCUCUGACACUGGCAAUGAGUCGAGAUGGUUCUAGUGGUGGUGUAGCUUACCUUGUCACCAUUGAUGAGACCGGCACUGAGGAAAAAUGUAUUCUUGGCAACGAGCUGCCAAAGUUCUUUGACCAAUGAAUAGAGACUGUACAUAGUUUGCAUUUGAUCUAAUAAACCAGAGGAAAUAAACUUUACAUUGGUUUGA